GGCCUCAGCAGCUGUGUUCUUUAGACACAACCACACAGCCAGCUGGCAAGAAGUAGGCAAAGACAUCUCCAGUCAGAUUCUCGGAGUGGAGGCUUCCUGGGACUGAGAGGGGGACAUGCUGGGCCCACACUCACUGCUGCUUGCCCUAGCUGGACUGUUCUUCCUGGGAUCUGCUGUGUCCCAGGAAUGCACCAAGUACAAAGUCAGCAAUUGCCGGGACUGUAUCCAGUCGGGGCCUGGCUGUUCCUGGUGCCAGAAGCUGAACUUCACUGGACCAGGAGAACCUGACUCCUUGCGCUGUGACACACGGGCACAGCUGCUGCUGAAGGGUUGUCCAACCGAUGAUAUCAUGGACCCCAGGAGCAUCGCUAAUCCUGAGUUCGAUCAACGGGGGCAACGGAAGCAGCUAUCUCCACAAAAAGUGACACUUUACUUGCGACCAGGGCAGGCUGCCGCAUUCAAUGUGACUUUCCGGCGGGCCAAGGGCUACCCCAUUGAUCUGUACUACCUCAUGGAUCUCUCCUACUCCAUGCUUGAUGACCUCAACAACGUCAAGAAGCUGGGCGGGGACUUGCUGCAGGCCCUCAACGAGAUCACUGAGUCUGGCCGCAUUGGCUUUGGGUCGUUUGUGGACAAGACGGUGCUGCCUUUUGUUAACACCCAUCCUGAGAAGCUGAGGAACCCAUGUCCCAACAAGGAGAAGGCCUGCCAGCCCCCAUUUGCCUUUCGGCACGUGCUCAAGUUAACCGACAACUCCAACCAGUUUCAGACAGAGGUCGGCAAGCAACUGAUUUCCGGAAACCUGGACGCCCCUGAGGGCGGGCUGGAUGCCAUAAUGCAAGUUGCUGCGUGUCCGGAGGAAAUUGGCUGGCGCAAUGUCACGAGGCUGCUGGUGUUUGCCACAGACGAUGGCUUCCACUUUGCUGGUGAUGGCAAACUGGGUGCCAUCCUGACCCCCAAUGAUGGCCGCUGCCACCUGGAGGAUAACAUGUACAAGAGGAGCAAUGAGUUUGACUACCCAUCCGUGGGCCAGCUGGCACACAAACUUUCCGAGAGCAACAUCCAGCCCAUCUUUGCGGUGACAAAGAAGAUGGUGAAAACGUAUGAGAAACUCACAGAGAUUAUCCCCAAGUCAGCAGUGGGGGAACUAUCUGACGACUCCAGCAACGUGGUGCAGCUCAUCAAGAAUGCCUACUAUAAACUCUCCUCUAGAGUCUUCCUGGACCACAGCACCCUCCCGGACACCCUGAAAGUCACCUAUGACUCCUUCUGCAGUAAUGGAGCAUCGAGUAUAGGCAAAUCCCGAGGGGACUGUGAUGGCGUGCAGAUCAACAACCCGGUCACCUUCCAGGUAAAGGUCAUGGCUUCCAAGUGUAUCCAGGAGCAGUCCUUUGUCAUCCGGGCACUGGGUUUCACGGAUACAGUGACCGUGCAGGUCCGUCCCCAGUGUGAGUGUCAGUGCCGGGACCAGAGUCGGGACCAGAGUCUCUGUGGAGGCAAGGGAGUCAUGGAGUGUGGCAUCUGCAGGUGUGAGUCUGGCUACAUUGGGAAAAACUGUGAGUGCCAGACUCAGGGUCGGAGCAGCCAGGAGCUGGAGAGAAACUGUCGGAAGGACAAUAGUUCCAUCGUGUGCUCAGGGCUUGGGGACUGCAUCUGUGGGCAGUGUGUAUGCCACACCAGUGACGUCCCCAACAAAGAGAUCUAUGGGCAAUACUGCGAGUGUGACAAUGUCAACUGUGAGAGAUAUAACAGUCAAGUCUGCGGUGGCUCAGAUCGGGGUUCCUGCUCCUGUGGCAAAUGUAAUUGCAAGGAGGAUUACGAGGGCUCGGCCUGCCAGUGUCAGAAGUCCACUACGGGCUGUCUGAAUGCACGGCUGGUAGAGUGCAGUGGCCGUGGCCACUGCCAAUGCAACAGGUGCAUAUGUGACGAAGGCUACCAGCCACUGCUGUGUGAGGACUGUCCCAGCUGCGGCUCGCACUGCAGGGACAACCACACCUCUUGUGCCGAGUGCCUGAAGUUUGAUAAGGGCCCUUUUGAGAAGAACUGUAGUGUUCAGUGUGCCGGUAUGACGCUGCAGACUAUCCCUUUGAAUAAAAAGCCCUGCAAGGAGAGGGACUCGGAAGGCUGCUGGAUAACUUACACUUUGCAGCAAAAGGACGGAAGGAACAUUUACAACAUCCAUGUGGAGGACAGUCUAGAGUGUGUGAAGGGCCCCAAUGUGGCUGCCAUCGUAGGGGGCACCGUGGUAGGUGUCGUACUGAUUGGUGUCCUCCUCCUGGUCAUCUGGAAGGCCCUGACCCACCUGACUGACCUCAGGGAGUACAGGCGCUUUGAGAAGGAGAAACUCAAGUCCCAAUGGAACAAUGACAACCCCCUCUUCAAGAGUGCUACGACAACGGUCAUGAACCCCAAGUUUGCUGAAAGCUAGAGCAUGAGUUAUCAUAAUCAAGCAGAUGUGACCCCCUCAGACCACGCCUCCUCCCCUCUGCAAACACAACGUGGCUUACAGCUCACCCCAGUGCUGCCAAGGAUCCAAAAGCCUGCUCGGUUUCUUUCCGCCAUUAUAUCAAGUCUGCCAGGGUUUCCAGGGACUUGUCUUCCGACCUGCACAAUCUUGCCGCAGAGCCUUAAGAAUUGUCCCGAGUCCCAAGAGGUUCCACCCACAUUUUCUUGCAUAAAGGAAGACAGCAGUCUCGGUAAAGGUGGCCCCAACUUAUUUAUAUUUAAACUUGUCAGGGUAUAAAACUCCUAUUAUAUUGUUAA